UAAAUAAAUAAAAAUGUUACAAUUUAAACAUUUCAAUUGUUAUGUAAAGCUUGUAGAAUAGAACUAAAACAUUUAAUUGUGAAUGUCCUACAGGUUUGCUCAUUUCACAACUUGACCAAUUUAUUUUGAAUCCUGAAUCACAGUGUAUCAUGUGGUCAAAGGAAUUUUUUUCACAUUUAAGACAUGUUUUGUCAUUUUGUCAAAUAAAUGCAUCAUUUUGGAAAAAAAAAAAGAUUGGGAAUGUUUCUCUUCCUGCCCUCCAUCUGAAUUUCAUCAGAAUGUCUGAGUGUCAUCGGAAUCAAGUGAUUGCAAACACUACCAGUAUUUUUUAAAUGUUGAGCUGCAGCUCAUUGGCUGCUGAUGCAACAUCAACCAAUCAGCUGCACUAUUUAGAUAACGAUGUGAUAACUACCAAAUUGAGUUAAGGACUUAUUGGCCUGUGCCAUCUGUUUCAUGACAAAACUUGGUAUUUAAGAUGAAUUUCACAGCAAGAUACAUACAAGUUAAAUGGGUCUGAUAAUGGCCAUAAAGGAAUUGACAGUGUUUAUGGUGUGUUUUUGGAUUGUCUGUGCUGAUGCUGGGCAUGAAUUCUUUUCAUCAACAGAUCAAAUUGCACAGCUAUAUGGGAAGACGAAAGAGCUUCUGAAGGUCUUCAGUCAGUGCAAUGAUGCUGAGAAUGUAGAGACAAUAAAGAGUGUUCUUCCGAAUCUUCUGUUUUCAUACUCUGACUCUGAGAACCCUGAGGAAGCCAUGAGAAACCCUGUGGUCGCUUACAGACUCCUCAGACAAAUGAGAAAUGAUUUGAUAUAUAUUGUAAAUCAGCCGAAUCUUUAUCAGUGUAAAAAGUAUCAGAAUGAGUCGGAUGCAAAUCUCCCAGAUAUCCCACAGCUGGAGGACGUGGAUGGUGCAGCUUCAGGACUGAUCAGACUGCAAGAGAUCUACAAACUCCACCCAGAAGACAUCACAAAGGAAACGUCUCUAAAUGCAGAUGAAGCCUACAAUGUAGGGUUGGUCGCUUAUGAUGAGGAAAAAUUCCAGCAUGCCUUUCUGUGGUUUCUGUACAGUCUGGACAGAUUAACAGAAUACUCGACCACUACUGAGGAAGAGUUGCUCCGUUACCUUAGUUCCUCAGUCUAUCAUUUUGGCAGCCUGUCUGUGGCAAUCUACUUCAGCCAAGAGCUUCUAAAUCUGGAUCCAAGUAAUGAUGAAGCCAGAGCUCAGCUGAACAGACUCCUUCACUUACAGAGCAACCCUGACAUAUUCACACUGAACACAGAGUCAAGUAACUAUGAGACACUGUGCAGAGGAGAGGUUGACGAGAGAAUCUCUGAGAGGCAGAGGGCGCUGUCCUGUAGGUACAGCACAGGUGGAGGAAACCCCAGACUGAUGUACGCACCAGUGAAAGAGGAAAUGGAGUGGGACGAGCCUUGCAUCAUCAGAUAUCAUGACAUUUUAUCAGACAGAGAGAUAGAAUUCCUGAAGAAUAUCUCCAGACCUCAACUUUCUAGAUCGGAGGUGUAUGAGUCUGGAAUCUCAAAACAACGUAUUUCUCAAAGUGUUUUUCUAGGCGAUAGCCCUGAGGUAGAUCGCAUCAGUCAGAAGAUUGCAGAUGCUACGGGACUCUCCAUGGAAACCGCCGAACUACUGCUUGUUCAGAAUUAUGGGAUUGGUGGCAGAUAUGAUCCGCAUGUUGAUGCAUUCAAUGAGACAGUGAAUGACAGGAUUGCUACAUUCCUAAUUUAUAUGAAUGAUGUGGAGAUAGGGGGCGCCACUGUAUUCCCUAAAGUUGGAGUUGCAGUGCAGCCAAAAAAGGGUUCAGCCGUGUUUUGGUACAAUCUCCUCAGAAAUGGUGAAGUGAAUUGGAAUACGGAGCAUGCUGGAUGCCCUGUGUUAGUGGGUAACAAAUGGGUGGCUAACAAAUGGAUCCAUGAGCUUGGACAGGAAUUCAGGAGGCCCUGUUCUUUGUCAGACUGGGAGUGAAAGAUUGAAAUCUGUACUAAUAUCUAUUUAUAUAUAUAUAUAUUAACAUAACUACAAAGAAAGUUGUACUCUGUCUGUACUACAUGUUGUAUUUAUAUAUCAGUAAUGCAGGCAGGCUCUGUAACAGAUUUGUCGUAUCAACUUUUGCUGUCAUUUGUAACUAUAUUUCAUUGUCACUUUUAGUGUUUUUCAUAGCUUGCCCUUCUCCUGAUGCAGUUGAGACAAUAUAUCUGAUCACAAAU